AUGGUUUCCCUCUACCAGCAAUAUGCCCUUCUAGUCUAUCCCUUCAGAAGAUUUGUUUACCAGAGCGUUCCGUGUGAUAGCUCUCUCACAUCAUCACAAGCCCCACUUAGUUUUAUUUCUAUCUUGCUUUGGUAUUUUUGUCACCAAUUAUUCUUCUACUUUUUUUUUUUUUGA